AUGUCAUCGUCUUAUGAUCCAAGAAAGCUUACUUGGAAUGACACGCAUACUGUAAAUAAAGAACAUCAGUACUGUUACUGUGGUGGUGAUAGAAACUUAACUGAAGUGUCUCUUCAGUGUUCUGAUUGUUUAAAUUGGUUUCAUGUAAAAUGCAUUCAAAUUUCGGUCGAUAAUACUAUUCCAAUUUUUACCAAUUACAUAUUUCAUUGUAAACUAUGUAAUCCUUCAGGUGUUGAAGGCUUUAAACGAUGUCAAGCUGGUUGGAAAGAAAUCGGCGGAUGCGCGAUUGCAAACCUUAUGCUUCAACAACAUAUGACCGAUCAUAACGCCUCGAAGGGGGAUAGUCGAUAUCAAUCUGCAAACUCGGUGAAUUUGCCUCCAUUUCGCUAUUAUUUUAAUAAAAAUGAUCAUUUACGUCCGUUUGUAGACAAGAAUUGGUCUUCUUUAUGUACUGAGCGGUCUAGAACUGCAACUUGGUGGGCUACUCUUGGUUCAUGUUUAUACUCAACCAAAGAUCUUUUUGUCGCAAAAGAUGAAAAUAAUCGUUCGGCAAGUUCUAAUUUUUGUCUAGUAGAUCCAAACUUAUGGAACAUUAGGCCAGGCCAUUUUGGGACUUCUCACUCUCGAACUCCUUCUAAAAUGAAUAAAGACGUUAAUAAUAAUAAUAAUCGUAUAACUUAUCAUGACAAUUCUUCUCAUGCUUCAUCUUCAAAACUUCCAUCAACUCCUCUUAAUACUACCGAGCAAAGUAUGACUCCUCCUGCAAUGCAAUCAAAUUCUUCAAAUGUCGUAAUUGCUCUCAUUCAAGCAAGCUCUUCUAAUACUGAAUUUGGUCAAUCUGGUGAACAGAAUAAUUUACGUCAUGGUUUCAAAUAUUUACCUUGUGAACUUGAUAAUUUGUUUCCAUAUAUACAAUAUCGUAAUUCUGAAAUAUCUCCUUAUGGUGUACGUCUUUCUAAAGAAGAUGCUAGCUUAUCUGUAUGGAUUAGUGGCGACCAGUUAACUACUACUACUGAUUUUGGUUUCUCAAUGGCUAGAGCUAAUUGCUCUGUAAAGGAAGGUCAGUGGUUUUAUGAAGUUUUCAUUGAUCGAGGUGGUGAAGGAAAAAUUGAUGGAAAAGAUGCUGCUCACGUCAGAGUAGGUUGGGCUCGUCGAAAUCGUAACUCCCCUGUUGGUUCUGAUGCUUAUAGUUAUGGUUUUAGAGAUCUUACUGGUCAUAAAAUACAUCAAUCAAGAUUGUAUCCCUAUGGUGACCAUUUCAAAACUGGUGAUGUUAUUGGCCUUUAUAUAAGUUUACCUUCAUUAAAAAAAGUUAUUCCUGGCUAUCAACCAAUUAGUCCAAAGAGGCAUAGAAUUCCUAUUUUAUUUAAAGGUGACACUAUGUUUGAAUAUAAAGAUUUUAAACCUACUCAUAAAAUGAAUCAACUAUUGGAGUUACCUGAAAAGAAAAAUGAAAAAAAGUAUUGGUGGCAGCAAAAGCAAGACGAAGCAAAACCUCUUUCAACUUCUCAACCUCCUUUAAUUUCAACCUUACCUGGUUCAAAGAUUAUAGUUUAUAAAAAUGGUGUAUGUCAAGGUGUCGCUUUUGAAAAUUUGUUUUCAUUUUUCCCCACCGUUGAUGAAUACACUAAUGAUGACGAUUUGACUGAAGACGAUGGUUCCCUUGGUUAUUAUCCCGCUGUAUCAAUGUUCCGUGGUGGUACUUGUACUUUAAAUUUUGGCCCUCAUUUUCGAUAUCCUCCACCACCUGAUCCUGAACUUGAAAUUUCUUCUUCAAAGAAACCUUCGAAUCCUGGUGAUAGUGUGCGUAAAUGGCGCCCAAUAUCUGAACGUUACAUGGAAUAUGUUGCCGAGGAUAUAUUAAAUGAUAUUGUUGAUGAAAUUGAAAUCUGGGAUUGGAUGAUAUCUCAAAAAAAAUCUCCUAUAAAACGACCUGCCGUUGUGGAUUUAUCUGAUGAUGGUAUCAUGAAAAAAAGGAAAUUAGAUGAAUCAUAUGGUGAAACUUCUGGUGAUACCCCGACAUCUUAUCAUAUAUAG